AUGGCCAGCGAGAAAGUAUUGAAUUGGCUGUACAGCGUCCUUGUUAAUGAAUACUCGGACGUUAAUCGCACAUAUCACGACGCGGCGGAAACCCUUGCCCACUACCCUUCGCUCAACGUCCGAACCGAACCCUAUACAUACGAAAAUGGAACGUCGGCGCUCUUGCUGCUCAUCACAGGCACGUUGCCAGUCACAUUUCGCGGUGCGACGUACGGCUUUCCGGUAGCGAUAUGGGUGCCUCACGCCUACCCCCGCGAGCCGCCCAUGGUCUAUGUCACGCCGUCUCAGGAUAUGGCAUUGCGUCCAGGACAGCAUGUGAGCACAGAUGGCAGGGUCUACCAUCCAUAUCUCGCACAGUGGGCACAGUAUUGGGAUAAAUCCACUCUUUUCGACUUCCUAGCAGUCUUGCGAGGCGUCUUCGCCAAAGAGCCGCCUGUGCGAUCGAGGCAACAGCAGCCACAGUAUACAGCGCCGGCGCAGCAAGCUCCCCCGCCAGUCCCUCCACCACCUGCUGAAUGGCGACGCGCAGCACAGGAGAUACCUGCCUCUUCGUCCUCUCCCGCACUGCCGAGCCAACCUCCACCGCCUCCUCCAAAACCGCCCAAGCCCUAUGAACAGCAACGAUCCACGCCUCAGACACCACAAGAUCGAUAUUCCAAACCACCUCCUCUACCGCCCCACCCGCCACAACAUGCUCAGUCGCCGCAGCAACAGCAACCUCAGAGGAAUAGAUACGAUGGACCGGCCGAAUGGCAACAGCAGCCACCUGCGCAGCAGUAUAUGCCAAAUGCACAGGGUAGCUUUGACAUGGGCACAGCGAUGUCGGGACCACGCCUACAACAUCCACAAGUACAAGCGCACAGCUACCCUCAGCAGUCAUUCAAUUCGGGCAGUCCUGUAAGCCCCAUGACGCCCAACGGCCAGCCAAUGGCAUCACACUUCCCAGGCUCAGGUCCCCAUCAGCCAUCUCCUCUUCAGCAGAUGAAUCAAUAUCAAGCAACUCAAACGCCUCAGCAGCAGCAGCAGUUUGGGCGACCCCCACCGCCGCCUCAGCAAUACCAGCAAUACCCUCCAGGCUACACGCCACAUCUAAGCCAGCAAUACCAAUCACCACCCCAGGCCCCUCCAGCUCCAAAGCCCCCGGUUGAUCUUCUUGAUGACUCGCUUGAAGUCACGUUACCUUCUCAGUCUGCGAAUCAAGUUCCUCUACCGGUACCGCCAGUCCCCCCGAACCCCGAAAAAGAUGCGCUUUUGCGAGCGCUCAGCCAGACGCUUGUAUCACAGAUUCAACAAAUCGUGUCUUCCAAUAUGGCGGCCAUAGCACCGCUUCGCGCUCAACAAGCGGCGCUUCAAAAUGCACACGCUCGGUUGCAGGCUGAGCUGGGUGAAUUGCAGCAACUCGAUGCUGCACUUGUGUCGAAUGAACAAGUGCUGAAAGGUGCCAUGGUUGAUGCAGAUCGAGUCAUGGAAGACGCUCGGAGAAGGAAGGCGCCAGAUGUCGAUGAUGUGCUAGUAGCGCCCACUGUAGUUGGCGGGCAGCUGUACACUCUAGCUGCAGAAGAAAAAGGCAUUGCCGACGCACUCUUUGUUCUAGGAAGAGCAUUGGACAGAGGGCGGAUCAGCACAGACGUGUUUGUCAAGCAAACACGGAGUCUUGCUCGUGAGCAGUUUAUGAAAAAGGCACUCAUUAAGAAGAUUGCCAAAGGCAUGGCAUUGGACGAGUACCAGAUGCACUAAAAUCAGCUUCGCGGUGGGUGUUCAGACACGACCUACAUCUGGCGCGGUUGCUGGACUGCUAUAUUAUUUCAUUGUUCUCCAGCUCUCAAGCAUGCAAUAGUUGGUGUAAUGUUAGAGGCAAGUUGGAGUAGCUGUAAUUUGCAAUUGCGGGUCCAAAUUGCACAAUUCCGCUUGUGGAGUCUACGGGCGCGUUGUCACUGCAUCCAAGAUUCCAGGAUGUAGUUGUUGCUUGUUAGAUCCAUCGUAUCA